AUGAGAAAAAUUAUCUAUAGAUUUUCAAGAGCUACAUAUCUUGAUUUCUAAGCUACAACACCAACUGAUUAUAGAGUUUUAGAUGCUAUGUUACCAUAUUUAACUAAUUAAUAUGGUAAUCCUCAUAGUAAAACACAUUCAUUUGGAUGGGAAACAGAAAAAGCAGUGGAAAAAGCAAGAUCUUAAGUUAUUUAUUAAUCUAAUUAUAUAGAUUGCUAAUUUAAUCAAUGCAUAACCUUAAAGCAUCAUUUUUACUUCUGGGGCUACUGAAAGUAACAAUGCUGCAUUAAAGGGUUUAUAUGGAUUUUAUGGAAAAUAAAAGAAUCAUAUAAUUACAACACAAACUGAACACAAAUGUGUUUUAGAUACUUGUAGAUAUCUAGAGGAUAAAGGAGUAGAAGUUACAUAUUUACCAGUUGAUUCUAAUGGCUUGAUCUCAUUACAACAAUUAUAAGAAUCUAUUAAAUCCAAUACAUUAUGUGUAAGUGUAAUGCUUGUAAAUAAUGAAAUUGGUGUCAUUUAGAACUUAAAAGAGAUAAGUAGAAUAUGUCAUCAACGAGGAGUUUAUGUUCAUUCCGAUAUGGCAUAAGCUAUAGCAAAGAUUCCAGUUGAUAUUUAAGAUCUUGAUAUAGAUUUAGGUAGUAUAUCAGCUCAUAAACUAUAUGGACCUAAAGGAAUAGGUGCAUUAUAUGUAAGAAGGAAACCAAGAGUUAGAUUAUAAUAAAUAAUUCAUGGUGGAGGAUAAGAGAGAGGUUUAAGAAGUGGUACUCUUGCACCUCAUUUAUGUGUUGGAUUUGGUAAGGCUGCUGAAAUAGCAUAGACUGAAUUACCAUAUGACAUUUAACAUGUUGAAAAAUUAUACAAUAAACUUUUAAUUGGAAUUAAAUAAAAGAUUCCUUAAAUUUAAAUAAAUGGUUCAUUAGAAUAGAGAUAUAAAGGUAAUUUGAAUGUUUCAUUUGCAUUUGUGGAAGGAGAAUCUUUAAUUAUGGCUAUUAAAUAAGUUGCAGUAUCUUCUGGAUCUGCUUGUACUUCUUCAUCUCUUGAACCUUCAUAUGUAUUAAGAGCUUUAGGAGUUCAAGAAGAUAUGGCUCAUACUAGUUUAAGAAUUGGUAUUGGGUAUAUAUAUAUAUUUAAAUUAUAUAGUCGAUUUACUACUGAAAAGGAAAUAGAUUUUUUAAUUGAUUAAUUGAGUGAAGCUGUAAGAAAACUAAGAGAAAUGUCUCCAUUAUGGGAAAUGCAUUAAGAAGGAAUUGAUAUUAAUAAAAUUGAAUGGACUCAACCACAUUGAA